AUGGCGCCCUAUGAUGCAAGUGAGGAAGUGGCUCCACCCUUCCAAACAAUGUACUUUUCUGAUGAGUUCAUGAUAAAGUACCAGCCUUUGGCACAGGCCAAGCAAAGGCUCCGAGAAGACGCAAAUGAUGCAGAAGCUCAAAAAGUGUAUGACGAGCACUUUCCACUCUACAAGAACUAUGACUGGUGCAGUUCUUGGGAUGGUAAGCAGUAUGACCUGGUCUUCUACGGGGUGUCUGGAUACACAGGCUAUUUGAUGAUGGAGUAUCUCAAACGCGUCUCUUUGAAGCGAACGCCGGAGAGCUUCACCUUUGCGUUUGCAGGGCGAACGCCCUCAAGGGUACAGGAACUACGGGAUCGUGAGUUCGCCGGCACCAUCUACGAGGACACCCCUGUCAUGCAAAUGUCUUAUGACGACCCUUACUCCAUUAUAGACCUCGUGAAGAGUGCCAAGUGCAUUAUCAACGUAGCUGGUCCCUACAUGCUCACCCAGGGCGAGCUUAUGAUAGAUUGCUGCAUUACUCGAGGUGUCCACUACUGUGACAUCAGCGGAGAGAUCCCUUGGUCCCGGCGGAUCACUCCACUGCAUCGACAUGCGCAGCGCAGCGGUGCCUUCAUCAUUCCAAGCGCAGCUUCUGCUGGUGGCUUUCCAGAUCUUUGCACCUUUCUCUGUGCCAAGAAGGCACGAGAGGACUAUGGCGAGGAUCUGCGAAAAGCUAUUUGCUAUGUCAAUGGAGGCGGUGCCAUUGCCACAGCAUCUGGCGGCACGCUAAAAACCCGAGCCACGAUGGCUGCUGGUGGUGAUGAGACCCGGAAAAUGAUGGGAGAUCCUUACGCCCUCGGCGGCUUUGUUCCAGACCGGGACCGACAUGGCAUUAAGUAUUGUAACAUUGAAUUUGGAACCGGAAAAGUGACUACCAAAGUACGCGCAGAAGACUUGGAUGCCAACAUGUCAAAGAUCUCAGAAGACAAACACUUGGGCAUUUGGCGCGGUCCUAAUGUGUACUCAUAUUUUGAUACUCGUAUCGUGCGGCGGUCCAAUAUGCUCUUGGCCGACAUGGGUGGAAAGCCAUACGGCAAGAGUUUGAACUUUCUGCAGUUCUCAGUGCUACCAACCGAAAUGCUGCUGCAACAAAAGGGCGGUGGCGGUGGUGCCGGUGGCGGCAUCGGCGGUGGUGCCGGUGGUGGAGGUGGUGGUGGCAGUGUCGAGGCCGAGAGAAAAGCCCUUGAGGCCAAAGGUGUGUAUUACAAAGCCGGCGAGGGCCCCCCACUUGAAGAGUUGGAUGAUGCCUGGAGUGCUUGGUUCUUGUGGUCGCAGACAGACAAGGGCCAUGAGAUCAAGUGCGACUUCAUUGGACGCGACGGCUACUUCGAGACAGCGCGAAUUGCAGUGGAGACGGCAAUGACUCUUGUCUUCGACCGGCAGGAGUUGCCUUAUCCAGGCGGUGUGUUGACACCAGCUGUCGCAUGUGGUGAAGCAUUGGCCAGAAGGCUAAUCCACAGUGGUGUAAAAUUCAAAAUGGCUGAGUGGCAUGGAGUCGAGGAGUUCAACCCACCACCAAAUCCUUGA